UUAUGCAUUCUGGGAGACUUCUACAGGCUUUUGACUUUCUGGUGGGCAACUGGGCCCAUCCCCCCCCCCUCCUUCAGUGCAGAAGAUGUCAAGACCCGAAAAGGCGGGAAGAGCUGAGUUUGCCACGCCCUCCUCGUGGACUCCGCGCCAAAAAAAGGGGACGCCAACCUAUGGGGACGGCUCCCCGCCCUGGGGGAGGUGCUAAGUAUGUGAAUUUUGACUGGUGACUUUGGGGUUUUGGCGGGGGUUUUUGCUUUUCCUUCUCCCCCCACCGCCUGCGGAUCAAGACAUCGCUGGAUCCAGUGGGCGGUGAUUAUCUCAUCUUCUUUUUUUUCUUGCUCUCCCUUACUCUCACCCUGUCUUUCUCUCCCCUAUGCAUUUUUCUCCUCCCUAGAAAGGUUACAGCACCCGAAAAUGUUAACUUACCUACUGAUUCAAAAUUGUUAAAAUAAAUCUUAUCCAUAUAUGUUUUCAUACACCGAUUAUUUAGUGUUGUUUCGCUGUAAUCCACCCCAGAGGAAUUUUUGAUGGAACCUGAGUUACCCCCCUCUCCCCUUUUCCUGGGGCGGGUCGUAACAUUUUUGGCGUAGUCGGCAGGAUCCUUUGGAUGUGGUGGAGUAAUCGGUGUAUUCUAAAACUGAUACCGAGGGCGAGUCAAAUGGUGACCGUCCCCUCGCUGUAAAAUUAUAGUGAGAAUUUUUCUCCUCUCGGUGUGACCCGGGCACAUCAGACCUGUUGAAAGGUUUCCUGGUGUGGCCUGGACCUGUUGAAAGGUUCUCUGGUACCUGGACCUGUUGAAAGGUUUUCCAGGAGAGAGUCAAACCAGCCCUCAGAGGGUUAAGGGGGAGAAAGACAUUAACCUAAGCUGGGUUAAUGACUGAGGCAAAGGGGAUGACACCCCAGGUUGAGUUAUAUGGGGAUUAUUCCCUCCUGAUAGCUAUCCUUGGUUUAGAACUGUUUUUUGUGGGUGCUGUCUUAGGCGUGUUCCUUAGAGCAGUGCAAAAGCAAAAAUCAGCUAUUCAGAAAUCUGUAAGUGAAGUGAUAAAAUCUUUCCAAGAGUCAAUGAGAACUUUGCAGGACCAGCUAGAAAAAGAGGCUAUUCAAAAAUCUACCGGUGAGGUGAUAAGGUCUCUUCAAGAGACAAUGAAGGCAUUACAGGAGCAAUUAGGAAAAGAACGCCAGCAGUUAACUGCUGAACGACAGGCACUGGAGAAGGAGAGAGAGAUUAACUCAUUGCUUCGAUCAGCUCUGCAAGAUGAGGAGAAACAAAAUGAAAGGCUUAAGAAGAUACUGGAAAUGAAAAAUUGUGAAUUGCGAGACAUUAGUUCAAAAUACCCUAAACCGGUAGAUGUUAACAAAUCCCUGUACCCCUCUGGGGAAUUAGAAGAGUUGAAGCAAAGUUACCCGGAGGACGAGGCAAUACAUAUGCGUCCCCUCAUUAAAACUGAAACCACUGGCCAGGGGGCAGAUCGGCAAACUACCACACGAAUUACCCCGUACACGGGGGAAGCACUGGCCAAAAUUCAGGAAAAAUACAGUCGUAAGGCCAGUGAAUCAGAGACUGAAUAUGUGUGGAGGGUGUCCCUUACUGGGGGAGAUCGGAUUUUGUUAAGUGAGGAUGAGGCCAGAGGAUUUUGGGGCCCAGGGGUCUUCCUGACCACAAAUGAUAACCGAGCCCCGUGGCCGCUGACCCAGAGAGCUGCCUACUGGGCAGGCGGGUUAGACCCUAUCGAAAGGGGAGAUCCUCAUACAAUUAAAACCCCCACAAUUGGCCACAUUGUCGAAAGCGUACAAAAAGCUGCAUGCCUCCAAUUAAUCCAUACAAGACUGUUGGACUCGCAGCGGCAUUCCCCUAUGGAACUCGAAGCGGAUCCACAAAGAUUUCCUGCCCUGAUAAGAGGCCUGCCUGAUGCACUAAAAACUCAUGCUAAACAACUACAAGAGCGCAUAAUGACAACCCCCAGAAGAAGGGGUGCUCCACUGGGGAUGACCUGGUUAGAGGUAGCCCAAGAAUUGGUAACUACUGGUCGACAGUUGGGGGUCUCUGAUACAAGUAGUGUUAAGCAAAAAACAGAUAUCAGAAGGGUAGGAGAGAUCCGAAAAUCACCUUUGCCAGGUAAUCGUCAGCAAAGUGCAACACCCAGUGAGCGAACAAGGUACAGUUUGUGGGUGGAGGGUGUCGAGAAAGGAAUUCCUCGAGAAGUGAUGGAUAAACUACCCACAGCUAAUUUGGAACACUUGAUAAAGCAGUGGGAUAAGAUCAAAGAGCGUGAGUCACCCCCUGGGGGCAACCCUCCCCAGGAAUCCAACACUGUGGUUCCCUCAGCUCCACCAGAAAUCAGUUUAACCAAUCCCGAGCUGGGAAACGGGACUCGCCGCUCCCAUUAAGUGAGCCGGGGAGCGGUCAGUGGGUUUAUAUGAGAAGGCUCACAGAAAACAACCAGGGAGAUAUGGUGAUCACUUUUCCUCUCGGCCCUUUUAAAUCUUUGGUUACAUUCCUGGUGGACACGGGUGCACAGGUCUCAGCACUCCAAACUGAAGCUGCUACCCAGUGUGGCAUUAAGCCAGACAAAAAAAAAUAUGGGUAACCGAUGCCUUUGGCAAAUCCCAACCCCAAUACACUGCUCGAGUAAAAUGCUGGUUACCGGGAGAUGAGACAGCCACAGAAACUACCAUGAUUGUGGGGCCACUACCAGCUAACAUCCUGGGGUUAGAUUUAUUAAAGGGUCGAGCCUGGACAGAUGCCAGAGGGAGAGAAUGGGUGUUUGGUCUCCCAUCCCUCUCUGUCCGUCUGUUACAAACCGCUCCAAGUCUGCCUCCUUCCAAAAUAACAAACGUAAAACCCUACCCACUCCCUUUAGGGGCACGUGAAGGAAUUGCUCCAGUAAUUGCAGAACUGCAGGAGCAAGGAGUGGUUGUCCCUACACACUCACCAUACAAUUCGCCGGUAUGGCCUGUUCGCAAACCUAACGGAAAUUGGAGGCUCACAGUAGAUUAUCGACGGCUCAACUCUAACAGUGGCCCCCUGACAGCUGCAGUACCAAACAUAGCUGAGCUGAUUGCUACAAUUCAGGAGCAGGCCCAUCCAAUUCUUGCAACUAUUGAUGUCAAAGAUAUGUUUUUUAUGGUUCCCUUACAGGAGGCAGACCAAGAUCGUUUUGCUUUUACCUGGGAGGGUAAUCAGUAUACCUUUACUCGCCUACCUCAGGGAUACCGACACUCCCCUACCCUGGCCCAUCAUGCACUCGCACAGGAGCUGGCUCAAAUUACUCCUGAAGA